AUGAGUGGAAACUUAGUUAUUUGUGAGAUUCCCGAGGAACUCAAAAAGGAACUCCGGUCAUUCCGAUUCUCGAAAAGUACCGCGUUGAAUGUGCUUAUUCUCAAAGUCAAUCGAGAAUCUCAACAAAUGAUCCUGGAAGAAACGAUGGAGGUAAAUCGUUGUAUUACGUUUGGAUGGUUGCGCAUGAAAGAUAGGGAGAGAUGGGAGAAUAGGUCACGGGAGAGUUGCCCUUAA